AAAUGCCUCAAAGACAAACCAACAAUUUCCCCGUGCUGUAAGAAACUUAACGGGGACUGUCUGCUGCACAAGCUUUUGUAUUAAACCCUUUAAUGUUAAAGAUUGUUCGAACGGAAAAAAUUGCGGGUCAGUGCCUUCAUGGAGAAACCUUUGCUUCCCAGAGAGUCCGGACAGUUUGUAGCAGGCCGCAGUCGAGAUGUGUUUGUGGAAGGAUCAGGAGUGCAGAAGGUGGCAGAGAUGCUCUACCAUCUCAGAAACAGCGAUGAUCUUUCUGCCAAUGGCUGGAAGAAGGCAAAUCCAUUGGCCCCAGCACCUACUUCUGACCAGGUGGCGAAUUGGGUUUUUGUGGUAGACACUAUGAACUUCUCCUUUUGGCCAGAAAAGGAAACCCAGCAGUGCGAGGUGACUUACAAAAGUGUGACUUACACAGGCUACAUGACCCUCUGCGCUUCUAUCACCAGGGCCAUGGAAGAAGGUAUACCCAUUACUGAUCCCAUGUACUUUUCUCAGAUGAGUUUGAAGGAGCUGGCUCAUGUUCUUCGAUCAGACAAUGAGACAGACAUGCCGAUGCUUCAAGAGCGCCACGAGGCGCUGACUGAAGGUGGUUGCGUUCUGCUGGAACAUGGUGGAAGUUUCCAGAGUUUUAUAAACCAAGCUGGAAAUGAUGCACAGAAGAUGGUGGAGCUCAUUGUGGAGAAGAUCCCAUCCUACAGGGAUGAAGCUACAUAUGAGGGCAAAAGAAUUGCUUUCUAUAAGCGAGCCCAGAUCCUGGUGGCAGAUUACUGGGCUGUCAUGGAGGCAAAAGGACAGACUGGGAUUAUUAACAUGAACUGGCUCACCAUGUUUGCAGACUACAGGGUCCCUCAGGCCCUUGUUUAUCUAGGAGUUCUACGGUACUCAGACUCACUGAUGCAAACACUGAAGAACGGUGAGCUGCUGUGCUCUGGAGACCGGAGAGAAGUUGAGAUCCGAGGCUGUUCCAUUUGGUGCGUGGAGCUGAUUAAAGACCGACUUAGCCAGUUAGUGCAGGAGAGAGACGGGCAGACCUGCAGCAUAAACUCUGCAAUCAUUGACUUUUACUUGUGGCCAUUUGCCAAGCAGCACCAUAAAGAGAUGGCCCACAUUCCCAUACACCACACACGCUGCAUUUACUAUUGAUGACCUGACCGGCUGCCGUACCAACAGUGGGCUAAGCCUUCCAGCUUCCAGCUUUGACACUGAUGAGCAUUAUCUGGAAACAAGUGGAGCAUCUCUGUGCCAGCUAUACAUACAAACAGGCUUCCCUGUUUGCAAUGGAAAAGAUGUUAGGGCAUAAUGCCCACGACAGUUUACAUUUAAAUGGGAUUCUCAUUGUUUAUAUGGAAAACUGAAAUAAAUCAAUAACUACUGCAAUUUCCAUCCCACUAUUUGCCCAUCCAGAGAACAGUUUUCUACCCGCAUUCAUUCUACUUUAAGACCCAUGAUUGAGUUUCUAUACCAUAAAUAAAGAUGUUUUUCAUUCA